CUGCAGAUGUAUACCUUAUUGCAAUUGUGCUCUAAACCCACCCACCUAGCAACACUGAGCGCAGCAACGUUUCUUUGACGCCGGCUAAGUGUGGCGGUAAUGGACCAAUAGCGUUGGAUGCCAACCGCGGUUAAACCCCACAGAAGUACGCCGGCUACGUGCUACGUAUGUUAUUUACCCAACCGAAGCAACUGAACCAGCCGUACGAUUGGCUAACACGUAGUUAAACGUGAGAACUGGCGCGGGUUUUGUAAUUUAGCAACGGUGUCGGGAAAUGAGCAGUCGAUUACUAUGGUAUUUCUAUAAUUUGUUUAUGAAAUUGAAUCAGGUUAGCUAUUUAAAUGCUUUGUGUUCAUUUGCAAUUCUGAAAACAUUUGUGAUCAAAUUUGUCUGGACUGGAGACAAACAACAUGGAUGAUUUCGGGGUCUAUGUGAUUUUGGGAGAGAAUGAUGCGCCUCGAAAGCUUCUAUGUGCAAAUGGGGCAACACAGUUUUCAGUUGCCGUGCCUUCGAGUGCCCAGCAAGUGAUACUGUUUUCCAGGGGUCCGUGGGGAGACAGGAUCUCUGUCAAUGCUGAACUCAGCAAUGCUAACAGGGUUGCAGUCACCAAAGGAAAACUGACACCUUGCAAUAGGUGCUUAUCAUGGGAGCAGUGGGAAGAGGAAAGCUGGACAGAUGGAGUGAUGUUGACAGUCACCUUGCUUGGAGGACACCUGAUUCCUGUGGUUCCUCCAACUGUUAGGGAAACAAAGGGGAAGCGGAAGAGGGGACAAACAGAGAAAGAAGACAAGGGAGUUGAGGAACAAGGACAGGAGAAUGUGUGUCCCAACGGAGCGUCACUUUCGUGUGAGAUGUCUAAUCCCCUCCGAAAAGUCAGAAGUCAGACAAAACCAUUCCCCCAGGGUGAGUGGCAGGGUGGUGAAGGAGGUUCACCUUGCACUCCUAAGAGCGCUCCUCCCCAGAGAGGAAAGGGAAGACAGGCCAAGACACCCACCCCAAGGAUGACCCCACUGGUCAACCCAUCGGGUCGCUGGGGUCAGAGCCUUUGUCCUAUCGAUUCCCAGAUGGCUAUUCUGAUUGGAGGACAGGGAUCCAGGAUGCAGUUCUGUAAGGACCCUAUGUGGAAGCUGUGCACUGAGGACAUGUCGUGGAUGCCAGCAGAAACACUGGCAGAAGGCCCUACCCCAGAAGCUCGGAUUGGACACACAGCAACCUACGAUCCCGAUUCCAAAAAAAUCUUUGUAUUCGGGGGUUCUAAAAACAACAAGUGGUUCAAUGACGUUCACAUCCUGGAUACACAAAGCUGGAGGUGGAGCAUGGUGGAGGCCCAGGGCAAGGUUCCCUCAUUAGCCUAUCACAGCUGCAGUAUGUUUAGGGGCGAACUAUUUGUCCUUGGAGGGGUUUUCCCCCGCCCCCACCCUGAACCAGACGGCUGCAGUGACUCCCUCUACAUUUUUGACCCACAUCUCUCCAUUUGGUACCAGCCCAUCGUCACGGGAGAUACACCCGCCCCCCGCUCAGGUCAUUCAGCCUGUGUAAUCCAGGGGAAGAUCUAUGUGUUUGGAGGCUGGGACACACCCAUCUGCUUCAAUGACAUAUACAUGCUAGACCUAGGACUGAUGGAGUUUUCAACUGUACAGACCAAUGGAUCACCCCCAUCUCCUCGCAGCUGGCAUGGUUGUGCGCUACUCUCUGAUUCUACAUUUGUGGUACAUGGGGGUUACAACGGGAACCAGGCAUUGAGCGACACUUUUACCUUCAACACAGACACAAACACCUGGGCUGAACUGGUUCACCCACAACUCACUGUGCCCAGAGCUGGACAUUCCAUCAUCACCAUGGGGCUAGCCAAUCAAAACCCUUCCUCUGAGGAUGACAACAACAACCAAAACUCAGACCACACCCCAAAAGCAUUGCUGAUAUUCGGAGGUGGUGACAAUGAGGGUAACUUCUAUUCAGACUUGACAGCCUUGACUGUCACAGAACUGCUGGACCAGAAAUAGCAUCAUUAUUAAAAUGAUGCUAUGGCCAAAGAUCCAAACACAGGCCUAUGGGUAUAAUACACAACAUUUUAUGAAAAUCUCAUUUUAAUUAAUUUGUUUUACAAUAUACAAAUUCUAGCAUUUAUGCUUUCUUUACUAGAAAGAGUGGGAAAAUAUGGAGAUAGUAUUUUUAAACCCAUGAUGCAGCAGUACACAUGACAUGAUAACCUUUUGAUCAUGUUUUUAUUAUUUUGUCUGUUUUGUUUUAUUGGUAUUUAUGUACAGAGAUGAUGUUGCUUGUGUACAAGCAGGGUAUGUGUGCAUAUGUAUAUAUGUUGUCAUUAAUGAAGAUCGAACCAUCAACCAUAGUACAAUUCUACUCUGAUUAAUCUUGUGUAGAUGGUUUGCUUACUAUUUUGCUGUUCAAUUCUAGAAUGAGUUUGCAAAACAGCAUCAGUGUUGGGAGAACAAAAUUAGGAAGAAUUCAUAAAGCUAUCCCAAGUUCUGGUCUCAGGUUCUAAUGUGUUUUCACGUAAUGAUCCUACAAUAGAAAUUAAAUUACUAGAAUUGGAAUGCUUUUUCAAGAAAUGAGGCCCUAUAGCAAUUCUAUUUCUAGAGCCUCAACUAUAAGCAAAUGUUGUCGUUGAGUCACCUAUAGAGUAAAGACUCUGUGGUUCAAAAUGAAAUGCGUGUAAUUAUCUUGGUAUGUUGUUAGACCAAGUAUAAAUCCACCUUUACUCUCUGGUAGUCAGGGGAUUUGGUUUAAACCCAAAUGCGUGCACAGAUCAGGACCGUGUCCUAUUAAGGGUAAUGAUUUAGGAUCAGGUCCAUAUAAGCGUAUUAAUUAUAAUGCAAUAAAAUUGCACUUGACGCUUAUACUAUGAUAUUUUUUAAGUUGUUGGUUGUAUUAAAGCUUUUAUUCUGUGAAUCACAAUAGAUGAGAUCUU